AUGGGUUCCGGUCGCAAGCAUGGCAUUGCAGCUUCCUCGAAGCUUCUAGAGGGCCUGCCCAGGUCCCUCGCGCACUUCGUCUCCCAGCUUCCUCCUCCUGUACCCGGCCCCUAUCCCGAUGUGGAUUUCAUCAUGUCACUUGUCAUUCAAGCAGAGCUCCCACCCGAGGCGCUAGCAGCCAAAUCAGGUGGUCUGCAUCGCACUACGCCACCUGGAUUGGCACCUGGAGCCCCUGGGGCAGGUGGCGGGACAGGUGGCGCCAUGCCAUUGGCAGGCAGCAAGCGCAAGGAGCAGGAAGAUUACCUCCCCGUUCUUUACAACCUCCCCCUCCCCCCACACUCCCCCCCCCCUUCCCCUUCCCUCCCCCUCCCCCCCCCCCUCCCCUCCCUCCUCUCCGCCCAACCCGCCCCCCUCUAUCUCCUCAAAAUCGACCAAUCAGAGGAGGAGAUUGCAAAUGCAGAGGCCAGGGCACGCAAGCCCCCACCAGUGCGGGAUAUUUUCCGGCUGAGACAGCUGCAGAGGGCUCGGGCAGGCUCAUCUGGGACAGGCUCGUUGAGCGGAGGGGCAGGUGGGACUGGGGGAGGCACUGCUAGUGGCAGUGAUAGGUUUUCUGGAGGAUCAAUGUAG